CCGCGCGAGCAGGCUGGGAACAGAACGCUAGGAUUCGAGAAGAUGCUCGUCCUUUCAAAGGCGCCUAGUUGGAGAACGCGUGGUCUCGCCGCCGCUGCGCAGCUUACGGGCCUCGACUUCACCAUUCCUCCGCAACCACCAGUCACAAAACUAUCAAUUGAAACCUUUCGCAAGAUGGGUCCAGCCGGCAAGGCAACGCGCCCGGAGCCCGGCUCAGCGGCAGCGUGGCUAGCACAUCUUGAUAUAUUGCGGCACUUCAUAUCUUCAGACCUUGAAACGGCGCUGAUUCUCGAGGACGAUGUGGACUGGGAUCUGCGCAUUAAAGACCAGAUGCGGCUCGUUUCGGACAACGUUCGUGCCUUUGGCCGCAGCUACGACAAGACUGGGCACCAGCUGGUGAGCGAUCUAGACGAUAGUACACCUUAUGGCACGGGCUGGGACGUGCUAUGGGUUGGACACUGCGGCUCGUUGGGCCACAAUCUGAAUGGUCAUGACAAGAACCACAGAAGACCCGUAUACUAUGUCGACCCAACGAGGCCCACGAAUCAGCAAUACCAUGGAUGGGCACGAGACUUUGUUGUUAACGAGGUUCCCCCGGGGCAGCGAGCCGUGCAAGAGUCUCGCAUGACAAUAUGCACUUUCGCAUAUGCAGUGUCACGGAGGGGCGCGCGCAACUUGCUUAACCUCGCUACAGCUGCAAAUGGCGAGGCAUUCGACGUGUCGCUACACGAAUACUGCCGAGAUGGGAAGCUGAACUGCGUCGUCGUGUCGCCGCAAGUCUUCAAUCAUUACCAGCCGAGUGAACGACAUGGCUAUGUGAGCCCGGUUAAGGAGGGAGAUGGCAAGGGGAAGUCGAACGACGAGUCUGAGUUCGAGGGAUACAUCGGCUCCACGGAGAACAUUGUCAAGAGCGCAAGGUGUGAGGCACUGUGGGGUCAGAGCUGUAUGGCAACGUGAGCAACAGCUUGUAGGCUCCCUCGGUAGGUAGUUGAUGAUCACAGAAGC